CAAAAACACUUCGACAUGUUCCACACAUUUAAACAGAAUCAUGUUGUUACAUGGCUUUUAUGUCUGAUCAUUUCUGUUAUUAAUAGACUUAUCAGCUAGUGUUUUACAAGGUUUCAAAAUGACACACGAAAUUGAACCAUUGGUCAGUUGUCGGUGGCUUAAAGAAACAAUGCUUGAUAAAGCUUUGCACGAUAAUGUUGUAGUCUGUGACGUAUCCUGGUCCCCGCAGAAUGACAUGGAAAACCAGUAUAAAAGCUGUCAUAUUCCCGGGGCUGUAUUUUUUAAGAUUAUGGACGAAGAAGAGUUUUCCGAGACUUUUCCAAGAAAUCUACCAGCAAUUGAUAAAUUUGAACAAACUGCGAGAAAGGCUGGCAUUAACAAAGACGAUCAUAUUAUUCUAUACAGUGACUCGGAAAUGAACGGCUUCUUUAUGUCCGGUAGAGCGUGGUGGACAUUCAAGGUAUUUGGACACGAAAAGGUCUCCAUACUUGAUGGCGGAUUGCAGAAAUGGAAAAGGGAAGGUUUUCCUGUUACAUAUGAUGCUUCAAAGCGACAGCCAGGAAAUUUUGCUGCGAAUUUCACAAAUGAAUAUAUUAGACAUUAUGGUGACUUGGUAGAUAUAGUUGAGACGAACAGCAUACAGAUAUGUGACAGUCGACACCAACAUAAAUACUCCGGUCCAGAAAUGCCCAAGAAUGGCUGA